AUGCAAACAAUCAACGAGCCUCUGAAGAUAAAGGGCACUCAAGCAUCGCAAGCUAACAAGGCGGAUGAGUGCGACUUUGCAGCCGUAUGGGACAUGUUCGACGAGUACAAGAAGCUGGAGCCUAAAGAAGAGGACGAAGAGGAAGACGAUCCCCUCGGAGAGGAUGUCGGCGGCGCGCUGCUGCGGCCGGGAGGAAGCGCCUUCGCCGGUCCAGCUGUUCAGUCUCCAAAACAGGGCGAGGCGGCAGGCGAUGACGAGGAAGACUCGUCCCAGCAGGUGCCGCUGGACACGCUGUCGGACAUCCAGGAGAAGACGUUCAUCAUGGAGAAGGCGCUGUGCAUGAACACGUACCAGCAGCGGCUGGCGCAGUUCCGCCGCAUGCUGCCGGGCCGGACCGAGCCCGACGAGCCGGUCGCCGAGCACUCGCAGUCGGUGGUGAUGGUGGCGCCGCACAUGUUACACCUCUGGAACUACCGCUGUCCGGAGACGAGCGGCCAGCGCGUCACCUGCGUCCGCUGGAACCCGGCCAACCCCGACCUGCUGGCAGUCACCUACGGCACGCUCCAGUUCGGCGCGCACCCAGGCCUGGUCUGCUGCUGGUCGCCAAAGAACCCCGAUCACCCGGCGCUGAUCUACCGCACGCCCAGCGGCGCCACCUGCUGCGACUUCGCCACGCAGAACGCUGCCAUGCUCGCUGUGGGCUGCUACGACGGAUCGCUGGCGCUGUACAGCACCAGUCAGAAGUCGGACCGUCCUGUGAACGACUGCUUCCGGGGAGUCGACAAGCCUAUGGGUGUCAUCUGGGACGUGCAGUUCGUGCUGAAGGAUCAAGGGGUAGGUGAGGCGAAGCGGGAGGUGCUGAUGUCCAUUUCGGAGGACGGGCGCGUUCUGCAGUGGAACACCCGCCAGGGCCUUCAGACGGUACCCGUCAUGUCCAUGCGCCGCGACCCCAGCUUCAGCACCAAAAAGGAGAACCGCUCGCGCAAGUCCGAUGCGUUCAUCUCGCGCUCGGCAGUAGGCCUCCACUUCAGCUUCCGUCCGGGCAACACGGCUCAGUACCUGGUGGCCACGGAGUCGGGCACGGCGCACCUGUGCAGCACGUCUCACUCGGACCAGUACCUGUUCACGUACAGCGGCCACCUGGCGGCUGUGUACCGCGCUCACUGGUCGCCGUUCAGCGCCGACGUACUCGUCACCUGCUCGGCCGACUGGAGCUUCCGCGUCUGGCACGCCGACCAGAAGGUGGCCGUGAUCGUGGUGCAGAGUGCCAGUCGCUCGGCCAUCAACGACAUCCAGUGGAGCCCACUGUGCGCCACCCAGCUGGCGCUCUGCACCGACCACGAGGUGGAGGUGUGGGACCUAGCCGUCAGCACCCUGGACCCGCUUAUCGUCCACCCGAACGUCACCCGCGGCGCCACCAACACGACGCUGACGUUCGGCCCCGACGGCGAGUGUCUGAUGAUCGGAGACUCGGCCGGCAGUGUGGCCGUCUACCAGCUGGAGAACCUGCCGGCCGCCGAGCCCGACCACGUCGAGAAGCUGGAGGAGGUGGUACAGACGCAGCUGUUCAGGGUGCUCAGCACGCUGCGAGAGGAACAGGAGGAGGAGACGGACGCCAUCGCCGAAUGA